UACUAUCGGCUCAUUUACUUUUUUAUUUGUCUCUUCAUCUCCGUCCAGAUUUAAAGACGGCCAGACUACGUUUCCCAGCAGCCUCCAGGGCGGCGACGCGGCCCGGCAGUACUUCCUGGAGCUGCUGGUCCAGCAGAUCCAGGACUCGGCCGUGUUCGAGGGUCCGGACGGAUCCAAGAACCUGGCGCUGGACUCCCAGGCCCUGCGUGAGGACCUGUACUACGACGUGGGCUGCCUGCUGUCCCUGUCCCUGGUCCACGGCGGUGUCCCGGUCUGCUUCCUGUCCCCGGCCCUGUACCAGUGUCUGUUUAACUACCCGGCCAAUCAGCCGCUGGCCGCCGGUCACAUGACCCCCGGCACGGCCGCCAGCCGCCUGGUCGCCCGGAUGGCGGCGGCGGAGUCCGUGGACGCCCUGAGGGACGUCCUGGCGGAGAGCUCGGACUUCCUGGAGUUAGCCGGCUGCAGCCGACCAAUCAGCAGCCUGCGGGAGCGCGAGGCUCUGCUGGAGGACCUGGUCUGCUUCACCUUGAUCACCAGGAUGCAGCUGCCGCUGCAGAG